AUGGGACCGUUUUUGCGUAGUAAAUUAGUGUCUAUUGCACUCUUUGGUAUAAUAUAUUCUGGUAUUACUGUAUUUUUAUCUUCAUCACAAGUAUUUGCGAUUGUGUUACGUAGUUCUGGUAAUGGUUCCACAUUUUCAAAAGUUGGACCUUCCACAGGAAUCAUUCAAACCAGCUGCUUUAUCGCAGCUCCACUAGGAAGCAACACGGAGUAUGCGAGCAGAGACCCAAAGCAAUAUUUGGGUAAAGAUCCAGUUGCCAAGGAAGACUAUACCAUAUGUUUCGCAAGGAAGAAAAAGGAGGUAAUGUAUUUGCGUGUUUUUGUGCUUUAUAUGUCUAUAUUGUCUCCGGAGGUGCCAAUUGAAAGCGAAGAUAUAAUAGAAGCUGAAGAGCUGAAUUAUGAUCCAGAUGAGGUCUAUGAUGAAUAUGAUGACUACGACGAUGAAGUAGAAGGGGAUGAUGGAUACGAUGGAGAUGAGGAUGAAGAUUAUACAGAUAGUGAAGAUAUAGAUGACGAUUCUGGUGAUUCAUUUGAUUACAAUUCCAGAGGGGAAUUGAUGAUUCCAGGAAUCCAUAGAUUUUCUAGAACUCGCUCGUCCAGGGGCAGACGCAAAUUAUUCAAACAAGAUUUUGUGCACAUUUCAAACAUCGUCUAUCCAAUUGUCGUACACGAUAAUGAUACAUCCGAAUUGCCCUCUGUUCAAGGAAUGCGUGUGUUUUCCGUAGAGGACGCGGUUAAAGAAGUUAGCGAAGCGAAACAGCUGGGUAUCACAACAUUUAUGCUAUACCCAUAUGUUGAUCAGGCACUCAAGACACAAUUUGGUGACGAGGGGUUGAACAAGGAUGGCAUUCUUCCAAGAGCAAUUGCAGCAAUUAAAGAAGCCGUUCCAUCAGUACAAAUUAUUGCAGACACCAGCGUGUCGUACUACACAACCGAUGGUCAUGAUGGCUUGGUGGAACCAGAAACGAACACGAUCUCAAAUGACAUUACAGUCGGUCAGAUAGCAAAACAGGCAUCAAUCCUCGCCUCUGCUGGAUCGGAUAUUGUUUCACUAAAUGACCUUAUGGAUGGCUCAGUUGCAAUAACUAGAGAGAUGCUUGACUAUGAUGGAUUCACAGAUGUGUCCAUAAUGUCUAGAGCUUCAAAGUUCAAAUCUGCCUGGAAUAAUGGGAACAAGGCAUUUGGAGUAUCCCCUUCCCAAAAGGUCGAUUCGUCCAGUUAUCUGCACAACGUCUCCAACUCGCAGGAUGGUGUAUUAAAGGCUGUUAAUGAUAUUGAAAGUGGUUCAGAUCUGAUAUCAGUUGAGCCUGCAACACCUUUCCUGGAUGUACUUAAAGAGUUGAGCGAGAAGGUCAAAGUGCCAAUAGUCGCAAUUCAUACAACGGGAGAAUACAAGGCUAUUAAAGCAGCUGCUAAGGCAGGUGUCUAUGACGAAAAGGAAGCUGCAAUCGAAGCCAUAAAAUCCCUAAAACGCGCAGGCUCUGAUCUAAUCGUCACUCCUUAUGCAAAGGAACUUGCUCUAUGGCUUUUAAAUGAUAUGCGCAAUAAUGGCGUAGAUCGAGAGGAUAGACAUCUUGAGACAAACCCAGACUUGUACACUGGAGUAUUAGAGAACGGUCUCACAUAUACAAUACUUCCAAACGAGCAUCAUGGAGGACGUUUUGAGGCGUAUUUACAAGUUCAUAGUGGAUCAGCUGAUGAAUUAGAUCAUCAACGAGGUGUAGCACAUUUUUGUGAACAUGUUACAUACAUGGGAAGCAGGAAACGCGAUAAAUUGAUCGGGAAGGAUGUACGCACAAAUGCGUUUACUGAUUUUCAUCACACUGUAUUUUAUACUUCUUGUCCAUCCAUAAUGGAAGAUACUGAAUUUAAAACGGAAUCCCUAAAUAAGGCUUUAUCCACUCUAUUAGAUGUUGUUGAGGCUCCAACUCAAUUCAAUAGUUCACGCGUUGAAAAGGAGCGUAUGGCAAUACUUUCAGAAGCCUCUAUUAUAAACACAAUGGAAUAUCGCAAAAAUUGUGCCACAGUUAAGGCACUUCACUCUGAAAAUAUACUUUCUAAACGGUACCCAAUUGGAGACCUAGAAAUGCUAAAAAAAUACACGGUUGAGGACCUUUCAAGUUACCACAAAGUGCAUUAUAGACCCUCAAACUUGCAUCUGUUCAUAGUUGGUGAUGUAGAUGUUGCUGUAGCCAAAGCUUCUAUUUAUGAAAUAUUUUCAAAACUCCAAAAUUCCCCUGUAGAAAUUUCGUACGAGGGGACAGUAAAAGAGACAAGAAGGUCUUUACCACCGGCAAAACACGACUGGAACCAACCAGGUCCUAAGAUAUCCAUAUGGGAGAAUGAGCAGUUAAAUAACUUUGCAUUGGAAAUUGUGAAAAAGUUACCGAUUCCUGAGUGCAAAACCUGGCGCGAUCUUAGGAAUAAUAUUUUGAACAAAAUAGUUUAUCGUGCGCUUACACUUAACUUUGAUAUCAUUGGAAGAGGUACAUUUUAUGAUUCUGUUGAAACAAACGAUUUUGAUUGUAUAAACGAAGGUUGCAGAAUUCGUUCUCUAGAGGUAAAAUCUGCUCUAGACCAAUGGGAGAAAUCAGUUUCAGCCGUUAUAUCACAGGCUAAAUCUUUUGCAUCAGAGGGAAUAACGGAGCAUCUCUUCAAAAUUGUCACAGAUUCACUUAAAUUGGAUAUCUCUAGACUAGAUAAUAAAGUAGAUAACCAAGAAUUGAUAACUAGGAUUAUGGAUGAUUACGCUUGUGGACGUACAUUAAUGAACAAAAAAUAUGAAAAGGAAGCAAUACAGGACUGUAUAGAAGAUUUGCAUAUAGAUGAUGUUAACUCACUACUUUGCGAGUUACUGAAAUGGACAAAUGGAAAAGACUUGGAUGGAAUGAACCUCAUCUGCUCAGCUCCUCCAAAAGGAAAAAGCCCUGGAUUCCAGGGAAUAACACAAGAAAAACUGAGCAAUGUAUUUUAUGAGGCUUGUACUUCUUCACCAAUAGCAUUCUCGACCGGCAUUGAGGUACCAUCCCAACUUUUACUCCCCUCUGAGAAGAAGGAAAUAAUGGACAAGGUACCUGCUCCUACAUUUUUAAAGCAGGACCUUAUAAAAGAGCAAAUGUACAUAUUUGAAGAUUUAAAAGUUGAUUCGUCUGCAUUAAAAGACACUGAUGAGAAAGUUGUGAAUCCAUCUCAAACGGUUUCUGAUACUUUUAUAGAUACAAUUAAAUCAACCGAUUUAGAAAAUAUUAUAAAAUCAUACACUGAACAACUGCGUGAAUCAAUGGAAUUACAGACAGAAGUUGAAUAUAUCAAACCUAAAAUAGAUGAAACUGAAAGAACCAGACUAGAAACCCUCUUACUUGAUAGAUCUAUUGGUUUACCAGGAACUAAAGAUGGACCAUAUAUACACGGUUUAUCUGAACUGAAUAAACCAAUAGCUUCAAUUGGAGACCCUAAUGCACGCUUGUACACUGGUACCAAACCAUCAUCGCAAUCUAUUGAUUUAUACACACUUUCAAACGGUAUACAUGUGAAUGUAAAGACACUUGAUCCUACUACAGAGGUUCCAACGCAUUCCAUUCGCACUUUAAUUCCCUUGGAUUAUAAAGUGAAAGAUACUGAAGAAAUAAAACGCAAAAAGACCCAUCUACUGGUGGCAGCUGCCUCUAUGAUGGAAGGAGGUGCAAUGGGACAAUUGAGCAGAUUCCAAGUGGAAAUGUUUUGUAGUAGACACUUGAUUGAUGUGAACAUUAGCAUGAAUGAGGAUUUCUUUAUUAUAGAAAUGUCGUUUCCAUACAAGAAUCAAAACAGUAGUUCCAAUGUAGAUACUCUGGAAAGUGCACUUCAAAUAUUACACUACCUACUCAGAUAUCACAAAAUAGAACCUGACGCAUUCCAACGUGGAGUAGACAGAAUAAAGAGAGAUCGAAUGCAGUAUGUUCAGGAUUUACAGUCCUUUGGAACGGGUGAUAUUCUUAACUCUAUGAGUCAAGGAAAACUAUCAUUUCACUAUCUGGAUACAAAUGUUUUGGAUAAAAUCACGCUUGAAGAUGUUCAAAGAGAACUAUCUGAUGCAUUCAAGAGGGGUAAACCUGAGGUAUCAUUUUGUGGAAACUUUGAAUCAAACCACCUAAAUUCACUUGUAGGAACGUACUUGGGCACUAUUGAAACUAGCAACGUGGAUUGUAAUAAAGAAUACAUUUUAGCGGAAGCAUUUUUUGCAUCUACUGCUGAACCAAAAGAAGCUGAGAAUCCAACUAGUGUCACGCCUAUCGUAGAAACGCACGUAACGGGGCUAGAAACUUCUCUGCGCAAUGGUCUUAUUUAUGUUCCGGAUAAUCAGGAACGUGCAAUGGUACUUGUAGCGGGGCACGCCCCAAAUUCAUGUGGAAUAUUGCCAGAUGGAACACACAUAACAUAUAUUCUGGAAAGGACGUUGUUACAGAUUCUAGGAGAUGAUGACAAAAAUAUAAGAACAAUGGCAAAAGUUAGGAGAGAGUUGUGGUCGCACCCAGCAUUUCCUAAGGUAGCUUCUCUUCUUUUCCAAGAAAUGCUGAAUAAUCGCACUUUUAGUAUACUAAGAUCAGAAAAACAUCUGACAUAUGAAUCGAAUGUAGAAUUUAUCCCGUACGACAUUCAGUUUGCCGGAUACUUUAUCAUUUCUGUUCAUAGUUCUUUCAGUACUUCUGAAGCCAUCUUGAAAGAAACCAAACAAAUACUAAGGGAUAUUUGCACAGGAUAUCGACCACUAACGGAGUAUAACCUAAAGAGAGCAAAGGAUCAAGUACGAUCAAAACUACAAAAGGAAUCCAAAAAUACACACUUUUGGACUAAAAGAAUGGGUGGUUUGCAAAUCAUGGAAAUGCCGUUCAACUCAUCCAUAGCAAUUACAGAAUUUGAUAAAGUAGUGCAGAGAAUAACAUUUGAUGAUAUUAAUCUACUAAUCACAUCUCAUGUCUACGGUUUUAACGAGGAGAAUCUAUGGACACGUAUAAUCAGAACUAAAUCACCUUAA